CGCAGAAGACGCUCUAGCUGAGAAUCGAACCACUCAGCAUCUUGCUGUAAGGCGACAACGCUACCGCAGCACUACCACCGCAGUCAGCAUAGAAUAGCGCUAAGGGCCGCCUGCGGCCCACGGGUUGGACACUUCUGGUUUACAUGACAUGCCUACGAAGAAAACAUUUUUACUUCUUAUCUAACAUUUCCUGAAGUUGAUGUUGCUUGUAUUUAUAGGGCCUGUUUUAUGAAGCUGAGCGAAGUUGAGUGUUGCUGUCCUUUCGUUACUUUGGAAGUGAAGACCAAGUUGAAAACUAAAGAUGCCUGCUGGACAAGUGCUUCAGCCAGUAAUGAAGCUAAAAGUGGAUGAACUCUUCUUGACUUGGCUGACUAAACCAAGCACACAAGCUCAGCUAAAAGAUUAUUUAAGACGAAUCAAAAAUGGGGAAAAAGUGGAAGGAGGAGAAAUACAUGAUAACCUGAACAAAAAUAACAGCAAUAAAAAGGACUGCAGUCCUCAGCAAAAAAGAGCAGAUAGCUUGAUUUCUCCUCCGUUGUCCCCUUCUAGCCCUCCUGUACAUAUUUCUUCUGCACUUCCUUUGGGUUCCUCUGCAAGUCCAAGAAGUGGAGCAAACACAAGGACACCACGGAGAACUUCCAGUGUUUCAAUACAGGUUCAGAAAAAGAAAGAAGACCCUCUGCCACCAGCUUCUAGUCAAACAAUUCCAAAAUUUUAUUUUCCAAGAGGAUGCCCAAAAGGAAAUAUUAACAUUGAAGAUGUUAUUAAAAGGAUAGAACAGACCUUUUCUCAAUUUCACAAUGAAAGGGCCACACUAGAAGACAUGGCAAAAGUAGCAAAGUCUUGUGGUUGUCCCCUGUACUGGAAAGCACCUUUAUUCUUUUUUGCUGGUGGAGAUAGGACAGGCUGUCUGUCAGUUCAUACAUUCAUUGCAGUAUGGAGAAAAAUACUACAGACUUGCCAUGAUGAGGCUGCAAAGUUCUUGAGUCUUCUUUCAAAACCUGGAUGCAAUUAUUUGGAACAAGAUGAUUUCAUUCCAUUCUUGCAGGAUGUAGUUAAUAGUCACCCAGGUUUAUUGUUCCUGAAAGAAGCAACAGAAUUUCAUCCUCGCUACAUUACCACAGUAAUACAGAGGAUAUUUUAUACAGUAAACAGGUCCUGGUCUGGAAGAAUUACUUGCACAGAACUCAGAAAAAGCAACUUUUUACAGAAUGUGGUGUUACUGGAAGAAGAGGAUGACAUUAAUCAGCUGACGGAUUAUUUCUCAUAUGAGCAUUUCUAUGUCAUCUACUGCAAAUUCUGGGAGCUUGACACAGACCAUGACCUCUACAUUGAUAAAAAGAGUCUUUCUAGGCACAACGAUCAUGCUAUAUCCAGUCGGAUGAUAGACAGAAUAUUUUCUGGAGCAGUUACUAGAGACAGAAAAGCUCAAAAAGAUGGGAGGCUGAGCUACGCUGAUUUUGCCUGGUUUCUGAUUUCAGAAGAGGACAAGAAGACCCCAACUAGUAUUGAGUAUUGGUUCCGCUGCAUGGAUCUUGAUGGUGAUGGAGUGUUGUCGAUGUAUGAAUUGGAGUAUUUCUAUGAGGAGCAGUGCCAGAAGCUGGAGAACAUGGCCAUCGAACCCCUGCCAUUUGAAGAUUGUCUCUGUCAGAUGAUGGACCUUGUCAAGCCUGUUUGCGAAGGUAAAAUCACACUUCACGAUCUGAAGAAAUGCAAGAUGGCAAAUGUGUUUUUCGAUACAUUUUUCAACAUUGAGAAGUACUUGGAUCAUGAGCAGAAGGACCCAUUUGCUGUUCUUAAGGAUGGAGACUGUGAAGGGCAGGACAUUUCUGACUGGGAGAGGUAUGCCGCUGAAGAAUAUGAUAUUCUAGUUGCUGAAGAAGCCAAUGAAAUUUGGAGAGAGAGCUUCGAAACAGAACUGGAUGGUUCAAACAGGCGAAUGGCUGGUGAUCACACCAGAGCAGAGAAGAGGGCAUUCUUUGAAAUUCCCAAUGCACAGUUCAUUGAUGAAAUUGAUGACUAUGAAGAGGACUUUGAAUAACCAGUUAUGAAUUAAAGUUGCAGCUGGUCUGCAUUACAUAUUGUAAGGUUGCUGGCUGGAUUCUGGUAAAACAGAGAGCAAUUUGCACAAAUGAGCAUGCUCAUGCAUUUUCAUACUACUGAGUUUUCUUUCUUGUACAUAUAAGAAGGGCAUCUGUUGUAGGCUCAGAACAAGAUAGUAUGUUUGACUGUUAAUAGAUGCUCACGUAUCACAAAGGUUGUCCAUUUAAUGUUAUGAUGAUUUGUUUGGUCAGUACUUGUGUAUACAUAAUAGUUAACUGGUAUUUAUGUAAAAGGCUCUCACUUCAUUAAACAAAUUUUUAAACAGUUUACAUAUUAGUAGUAAUAGAUUUUAAUUACUAUGAAUUUAUGACUUGGUACAUUUUUGAUGCAUUUUUCUACAAUUAUCUGUUCCAUUACAGACUGUACUUGCUUUAUAAAUGGUUGUAUAUGGAUGAUGUAUAACUGUUUUGUUUUCUACAUUUAAUUUACAUAAGCUUACAUAUAAAAACAUUGCAGGUCAACUUAAUAAUUUACAUACUCCCAGCAGGUCAGCUUAAAAAUAAUAAUAUAUAUACUCACAGGUCUAACAGCAUGUUAACAGUAGGUCUUACCUUCUGUUUUCACUUGUUUUUAUAUGCCUCCCACCACCACCACCAAAUCUAGAUGAAGAUCUGGAAGGAUAGUAGUGAAGUCAAAUAUUUGCACUACAUGAGUUUCUGGCACUUAGUUGGUACUUGACUUUGUUUCUUUUACCCAUGGCUUUAAAAUUGAGCUAAUAUAACAUUCCAUAAGUGUUCAGAUAUGGCCUUCCUUCCAGACUAGAGAUGGUACUUUUUUGUUUAGAUGGGAUGGGACUAAACAAGCAUCUUUCAGGGGUUACCAGUGCCUUGAAAUGUAAAGAAUAUAAAGUACAACUUAUUUUGUGCUGCCUUGUAAUUAUAAAGAAAGUUUCCAUGCCAAAUGUAUAAAGAUGUAUGUAUUUAUUUUGUUUGCAGUGUAAAUUUAAUGAAUUUGAAAACUGUUUCUUAAAUCAUGUGUAAUGUAUUUUCAGAAUAAAGUAUUUAUAGAUGCA